GUUGGGAUAUAAAGCUCGGUCAGACACCUAUUUCUUAAGUAUUCAUCAUCCUCUGGACUAGCAAGGAACAAUAUCGUGAGAGUGGUAUCUUAAGAGUUGAAUUUGAAAAUUGAAUGUGAAUUUAACGUUACAAAUUAAUAGAAAAAAGUGUAAACUGAUUUUAAGGACUAUUGAGGAUAACAAAAUGUGUUCAAUUGCUGCUGUAUUAUAAAAUAUAAUUGUGACAAAAUAUUGAACUUCCAACUUAUUUGAAAAGUGAUAAUUAUAUUUAAUCAAGAAAUAUAUUGAAAUAUUCAUUGUGAAAAUGGAGGAGCACAAUGGAAUGAUUUUUAUGCAUGUUCCAAGACCCACUUCGAGGAGCCUUGUACCAAGAUCCCCUUCUCCAGGACAAGAGAGGAAUUUAAAUAUCAUUCAUGAUAUAAAUCGUCACUUCUGUGUAAGAUUCUCGCAUGAGGAUUUGGAAUAUAAUGGCGAGGAAGACUCCCGCAGUUCGUCUACGGAUUCAAAUUCAUCUACAGGAGCCAAUAGGCACAAUUCAACAGAUUCAGAUGAGGGUGCUUCUAAUCUUGAAUUACUGUGCAGUGGCAGUGAGACAAGUGGUGAUUCAACGGUUACGAACAAAUCUCCUAAACUUCGCAUUCAUCGACGUUCCAUGUCUUCCAUUCGGCGUGCCCUAAAAAGUCUCUCAUUGUCAUCGCGUUCUCUGUCCUGUAGCAGUGCAACGGAUCCCAAUGCACCCAAUAUGCCUAGAAAAUCAAUCAAAAAGAUUUCCAUUAGCUUUACACCAAAGAGUGGAGAAAAAUCACCACCGCCUAAGAAAAUUCUCCGCCAACCUGUAAGUUAUGCCUAUCUCAAAGGGAUGUCAGGACUGCCCACUCAAAGAGUACCCCGUUCUACUGUGUGUUCUCACUAUGCUCAUCGGUAAGCUGAUAUUAUUUCGACUGACUAUUCAACAAAAGAAGGUGAAGAUAGGCCAAAACAAUUUUGAUAACAUAGUUACAAAUUAUACAAAGAUUUACAUCAAAUAUCCAAAUUACACAACAGACUCAAUAGAUCUCAUAAAAUGCCAAAAUCCACAUAUGACAUAAAUUGGGAAAAAAACUGUUUUUCUUUUUCAAUAUUUCAACUAAAUUUUUUUUUAUCGAGUACCUUAACACAUUUAUUUUUGAUUCGUGAAAAAAAACUUGUUUUUGGUGGAAAAGCUGAAAAGUUCUAAAAAUUAUACGGUCAUGAAAAAGGUUAUUGUGCCUUCACCGAAAUUAUAUAACAAACUUUAUUAUAAAUAAUUAUGUAAAAUUUAAUGAAUCAACUAGUAAAAUGAUGUAUACAGUUUUUCUUGUAAAUGCAAGGGACAUGCGAAAUUUCAUUUUAAAUUCAUUACAAAUUACCCUUAAACUUAUAAUUGCGAAAUUUACGCCGAUCACUUAAUAUAAAAAUCAUUUACGUAUAUGAAUGAUAUCUCAAUUUAAUUAUUUUAUGUUGACUCUUGAAAAAUAGUCAUUUACAUGAUUUCCAUGUUCCUGAAUUUUAUGUAUUAGAAAACUUUGCUGUAUGAUGUAAGUAUGACUGCAAAAAUUUAAGAAUUUCUCUGUAGAAUUAAUGUUCAAAUGUAAGAUAGAACGUAAUAAGAAUAUUUAAAAUAAAGAAAAAAACUAAUGUUGGACUUCUAGCUAUAGUCUGUGAGUAUAUUUGAAAAAGACGUAAUUCAAAUAUUAAAAAAAAUCUUAUAUUAUGAAAUAAAGUAAAUUUUAUUAAACUAAUAAAUUAAGAAUUCUACUCCAUAAUGUAUUAAAAUAUUUGCAAUAAAUGCACGUUUUUUCCAUCUCAAAUAUGCAUACUUAUUGUCUGAAAAAAAAAGGAAAAUUGAGAAAUACUGAAAAACAACAAAGAGACUUGUAUUUACUCUGUAUUAAUAUAAAUCAGUUUUUUUGGAUUCACAAUAAAUAUACUCAAUUGCAAUUGUUAAAUUAGAAAAUUAGGUUAAAUAAAAUUGUAUAAGAAUGUCGACUUAUUUCAAUCAGUUCAUAAAAGACGUAAAUUAUGUUUAAGGUUUAAAAAAAAAACCUAUUGUAAAUUCAAAACCAUCACAACUCAAUAAGAAGUUUGUAUCGUGCAUAUUAAAUAAUAAUUUAAUUUUGAUUUUGAAUUAAUUAUUAAGAAAAAAACAUGAAAUUGUUAUUCAUAGUCUGUAACAAUAAAAUGUAAUAUUGCAUUUAAAGAUAUCAUCAUUUUAGCAUUUAAUGAUUAAAAAAAAAUAUUAUUCUGGAUUUGAGAAUAGAAAUAGGUAACUUAUUCAAAUGAUUUGAAUAAUUUUAGGCAGUCUUAAAAUUUAGUAAUGAAAGUACUGUGAUUCUACAAUACUAGCCCCAGUAUACAUACCUACUUACAUUAUGUAUUAAAAAUUGUGUCACAAAAGAAAUUAAUUAAUACUUUAUAGAAUCUUGUAUUAAGACAAACUUUUCAAUAAAUAAGUUGCACUUAUUAACACUGUAAAAAAAUCAAAUAAAGUUUGCCUAUUGUAAAAUUUGAAAA